CUUCACAUGAUGCAGUUGAUAUGUCAUUCACAUGUGUGACAUCGAAACAACAGAAAAACUAUUUGCUGAAGAAUCUUGUUAACAACCAGGAAAGUAAUGAUGAUAUGCCUGAAUCACUUGAUAAUAGUUUCAAUGAAGAUGAAGGUGGUAGAAAAGUUUUUGUCACGCAGAGAUCCCGCAGAAAAAGAAGUGCUUCAGAUAAUCACUUGAGUCCAAGGGUCGGAAGUCUCUCACCAUUAAACAUCAAUAAGAAUAUCACUGCUUCUGAUAUUGAAAAUAAUGAAAACUCACCUCCAACUCUAAGCCAGCGUUCCGUUACCUAUGAUAAGAUCUUUUCGCAUCACAAGGAAGUAAUACUUGCAAACCAUCAAGAAAUUUCACCCCGAGCCUCCUUUGUGGUCUUAGAACGGCUUCCAAGCAAUAUAAUAUCUGGCAAUAUUAUUCCUCCUACUCCAGUGAAUUGUACGGACAGUGUUAUACUCAAGAAAAAAAAGAAAUGC